AUGUUCAAUUUGUUUAACCGAAACAAGGAAAACCCCGCCGAUGCGUCACCACAAUCUCCGGCGCCGGCGAGGCCAUCAUCUUCAUCUUCUCAGUUCACCGGACCACCGAGAGCUAUUCGCCUUGUCUACUGCGAUGAAAAGGGAAAGUUCCGUAUGGAUCCGGAAGCCGUCGCUAUUCUUCAACUCGUCAAGGAACCUAUCGGUGUCGUCUCCGUUUGCGGUCGUGCUCGCCAGGGAAAAAGCUAUAUCCUGAACCAGCUCUUAGGAAGCAGUGGUGGAUUUAAAGUAGCAUCUACACAUCGACCUUGUACUAAAGGGCUUUGGAUGUGGAGUGCACCUUUGAAGAGGACCGCACUUGAUGGAACGGAGUACAAUCUUCUGUUAUUAGACAGUGAAGGAAUAGAUGCUUAUGAUCAAACGGGAACAUACAGCACCCAAAUAUUCUCACUGGCUGUUCUUUUAUCUAGCAUGUUCAUUUACAACCAGAUGGGUGGUAUAGAUGAGGCUGCUCUUGACCGUCUUUCUCUAGUCACUCAAAUGGCAAAGCAUAUUCGUGUUAGAGCUUCUGGAGAAAAGACUUCUGCGUCUGAAAUAGGACAGUUUUCCCCAAUUUUUGUUUGGCUCUUACGGGACUUCUAUUUGGACUUAACUGAAGAUAACAGAAAAAUAACUCCACGAGACUAUCUGGAACUUGCUUUGCGGUCUGUUCAAGGGAACAGAAACGAUGUAGCUGCUAAAAAUGAGAUUCGAGAAUCCAUUCGUGCUCUAUUCCCCGAUAGGGAAUGCUUCACCCUUGUACGACCUUUAAACAAUGAAAAUGAUCUACAGCGGCUGGACCAGAUAUCAUCGGACAAACUAAGGCCUGAAUUUCGAAGAGAUAUUCAAGCUUUGAUAAAGUUCGUUUUUGAAAGAACAAGGCCAAAGCAAGUUGGAGCAACUAUGAUGACAGGUCCUGUAUUGAUUGGUAUCACCGAAUCUUAUCUUGAUGCACUCAACCAUGGUGCCGUGCCUACUAUUUCUUCCUCCUGGCAGAGUGUUGAAGAAGCAGAGUGCCGUAGAGCUUAUGAUUUCGCUACUGAAGUUUAUAUGGCUUCUUUUGACCGUUCCAAGCCACCUGAGGAAGUCGCUUUGAUGGAAGCUCACGAACAAGCAGUUCAAAAGUCAAUGUCUGCUUUUAAUGCUAGUGCUGUAGGAGUUGGUGCAGCUAGGAAGAAAUAUGAAGGUCAGCUUCAGAAAUUCCUCAAAAAGGCUUUCGAGGAUUACAAAAGGAAUGCAUUCAUGGAGGCAGAUAUACAGUGUUCAAAUGCCAUACAUUCUAUGGAAAAGAGGCUGAGGGCUGCUUGUAAUGCUUCUGAUGCUAGGGUUGAUAAUGUUGCAAAGGUUCUUGAUGCUCUUUUAUCUGAAUAUGAAAAGUCCAUUCAAGGUCCUGGAAAAUGGAAAAAACUUGCUGUCUUCUUGCAGCAAAGUUUUGAAGGCCCUGUGCUUGACCUUUUCAAGAGGGUAAUAGAUAAAGUUGAAUCAGAAAAAAGUUCUCUUGCUUUACAACGUCGGUUGAAUGAAGAUAAAAUGACCUUACUGACCAAGCGGCUGGAAGCCAGUGAAGGUGAAAAGUCUGAGUACAUCAAGCGCUAUGAGGAUGCCAUCAACGAUAAGAAGAAAUUAACUGAUGAAUACAUGAACCGUAUUACUGAAUUGCAAGCUAAUCGUCGCUCACUGGACGAGAGAUAUUCUAGCUUAUUGAAAACAUUGGAUUCUUCUAAGCAGGAAUCCAUGGAUUGGAAAAGAAAAUAUGAACAUGUUUUAUCAAGGCAGAAAGCUGAGGAAGGUCAAACUAGUUCUGAAAUAGCAGCCCUCAAGUCCCGCAGUAGUGCAGCUGAAGCAAGGUUGGCAGCAGCAAGGGAACAAGCUCAGUCUGCUCAAGAGGAGGCUGAUGAGUGGAAACGAAAGUAUGAUGUUGCUGUCAGAGAAGCAAAAUCUGCUCUAGAGAAGGCAGCAAUUGUUCAGGAGCGCACAAACAAGCAGACACAGUUGAGGGAAGAUGUCUUGAGAGAAGAGUUCUCUGGAACUUUGGCUGAAAAAGAUGAAGAAAUAAAAGAAAAAACUGCCAAAAUUGAGCAUGCUGAGAUGUGUUUAACAACUCUGAAAUUAGAGUUGAAGGCUGCUGAGUCCAAGAUAAGGAGUUAUGAUACAGAAAUAUCGUCACUGAGGAAUGAAAUUAAAGAUUUGACUGACAGAAUGAAAUCUGAAAAUGCCAAGGCCCAGUCAUAUGAGAGGGAAGCAAUAGUAUAUCAGCAGGAAAAGAACCAUCUUGAGCAGAAGUACCAAUCUGAGUUCAAAAGAUUUGAAGAGGUUCAAGAAAGGUGUAAAACUGCUGAAAAAGAAGCUGCAAGGGCUACUGAAGUGGCUGAUAGAGCACGGGCUGAAGCAGGCAUGGCUCAGAAGGAGAAGAGUGAGAUGCAGAGACUGGCAAUGGAAAGACUGGCACAGAUUGAGAGGGCUGAGAGGAGAAUUGAAACUCUAGGAAGGGAGAAAGAUAAUCUGGAAGGUGAAUUGCAGAGAGCAACGGAUUCAGAGAAGGAUGCACGUUUGACAGUUGCAAAGCUCGAGGAGAAGGUGCAGCAAAGAGAGAAGGAUUUAGAAGCACUUCUGGAUAAAGAUAAAACUCACAGGAGAAAUAAUGCUCAGAUUCUUGAACAACUUUUGGAAACAGAGCGUGAGGCACAUACACAGGCAAAUAACCGGGCUGAGACUCUCUCUCUGCAGCUACAGUCUGCACAGGCCAAAAUUGACUCUCUACAUCAAGAGCUGACUAAGUUUCGAAUGAAUGAAACAUUGGACAGUAAGCUAAAGACAACUUCCGAUGGUAAGCGAUUGAGGGCAGAGAAUGACACUGAUUCUGUACAAGACAUGGAUGCAAGCCCUAGAAUUUUAAGGGGAGCUAAAAGAGCCAGGAGUACAACCAGUCCUAAGUACACACAGCCAGAAGAUGGUGGUUCAAUCUAUGAGGGUGCGGAGGACAAUCUUAGUCAGCAAGCAAAUGAAGAGGAUCAUACAAAGUUCACCAUCCCGAAGCUUAAGCGAGAACUGACAAAACAUAACUUUGGUGAUCAGUUGCUUCAGUUGAAGAAUCCCAUGAAGAAAGAUCUUGUUGCUCUGUAUGAGAAAUGUAUUCUUCAGAGGUGAUAACGGGUUUUGAAAAGGAUUUGUAUUGCCUGUUGCUUCUUUAUCACUCCGUCUAGGUCUGUCUAGAUCUCAUUGAUGCCAUGGUUACUGACAUACGGGCUAGAAAUAUGGCAUGAAUUUAACUUCCCUUUUGUCUGUGUGGUUUUGCAUAUUGGUUGUGAUUACUUGUGUUUGCUAGCAAUGAUUAUCAUAUUGUAGGCCAUAGAAAGUUUUGAUGGCAUGAUUUUAUUGGUUGAUUGAUUGAGUUGUAUGUAUAGCAGUAUUUAGCGUGUUAAUGAAAACUCUAUUAACAUUGUUUCCAUGUUAGAUGAGAUACAUUAUUAUUAAUUAAGACUGGUCUUUUACCAUCUAUUUA